GUUGGGCAGCGCGGGUUCGGGCUGAGGAGCCGGCGGCGCCAUGGAGGGGCGGCGGGGAUCGGGGCGCAGUGCCGGACAGAAGAAGGGGAAGGGGCCAGAGGAGGUGGCGGCGGCGGGGUCCGGGGACUCCGGCAAGUCAAGAAAUUCAAUUGGAGGCAGAGCUGCCUGUGGGACCUUCAGAGUUUCUUCCCAUCCUGGCCAACUUGACACAUUCUGGGUAACACAUACAACUACUUUGAAGCGGCUUAUGGCGGAUGAGCUGGAGCGAUUCACCAGCAUGCGGAUAAAAAAGGAGAAGGAAAAAUCCAAUGUGGCUCAUAGGAAUUCGUCUGCUUCCUAUAUGGAUGUUCCUAGUUCAGGCCAGAUGCUGCAGGAAAUCACAGAUCAGGAAGUGCUGGUCCUCUUUGAACAGAUGCUGGUUGAUAUGAAUCUGAAUGAGGAGAAGCAGCAGCCCCUGAGGGAGAAGGACAUAAUAAUCAAGAGGGAGAUGGUGUCCCAGUAUCUACAUACCUCCAAAGCUGGCAUGAGUCAGAAGGAGAGCUCCAAGUCAGCCAUGAUCUAUAUCCAGGAGCUGAAAUCAAAUCUCAGGGAUGCCCAACUGCUCGGUUGUUUGGAGUCUCUGCGAGUGUCGCUCAACAACAACCCUGUCAGCUGGGUACAGAAUUUUGGGGCUGAGGGCCUCAACUGCCUGCUGGACAUAUUAAAAAGGCUCCAUGAUGAGAAGGACGAGGCACCCAGCUCCUAUGAUACCCGGAGCAAACAUGAGAUCAUCCGAUGCCUGAAGGCUUUCAUGAACAACAAGUUUGGAAUCAAAACAAUGCUGGAAACGGAGGAGGGGAUCUUGCUGCUGGUGAGAGCUGUUGACCCCAAACUCCCUUCCAUGAUGAUAGAUGCUGUGAAGCUGCUGUCUGCUCUCUGUAUCCUGCCUCAGCCUGAGGACAUGCAUGAGCGAGUUCUGGGGGCACUGACAGAGCGAGCAGAAGUGGAUGAGGUGGAGCGAUUCGGUCCCUUGUUGGAUGGUUUAAGGGGCGGAACCUCUGUGGCACUGAAGGUAGCCUGUAUGCAGCUGAUCAAUGCCCUUAUCAUCCCUGCUGAUGAGCUCGACUUCCGAGUUCAUAUUCGAAGUGAACUGAUGCGUUCUGGGUUGCAGCAUGUCCUUACGGAGCUGCGGAAACUGGAGAAUGAGGAACUGCAGGUGCAGCUGAGUGUAUUUGAAGAACAUGGUGAGGAGGAUUCUGAAGACCUCAGGAGCCGUCUUGAGGACAUUCGGAUUGAAAUGGAUGAUUUUAGUGAAGUCUUCCAGAUUCUCCUCCACACAGUAAAGGAUUCCAAAGCAGAGCCAUUUUUCCUGUCCAUCCUGCAGCACCUUCUGCUGAUCCGCAACGAUUAUGAAGCCAGGGCUCAGUACUAUAAACUAAUUGAUGAAUGCAUUUCCCAGAUAGUUCUGCAUAAGAAUGGUGCUGAUCCAGACUUCAAAUGCAAGCACCUCAGCAUUGAUAUUGAGGGGUUAAUAGAUAACUUGAUUGAUCAAACGAAGGUGGAGAAAAGUGAGGCCAAAGCAGUGGAGCUGGAGAAAAAGCUGGACUCAGAACUGACUGCACGGCAUGAGCUUCAGGUUGAAAUGAAGAAGAUGGAAAGUGACUUUGAACAGAAACUCCUGGAUUUAGAUGCAGAGAAGCAAUUCCUGGACAAGGAGAAACAACAAAUUACCGUAGAGAAGCAGAGUCUGGAAGAUGAAGUCUCCGAGAAGAACAACCAGAUCAUUAAGUUGUCAAAGGAGCUUGAAGAUACUAAGAUGGAAAUUGCUGCUAUCUCUUCUAAAGCUGCAUCUGCUUCACCUCCCGCGCUGCUCCCUGGAGUGCCUGCGAUCCCGCCGCCGCCACCUCCCCCGCCGCUCCCUGGCAUGGCUGGGAUCCCGCCCCCUCCCCCUCCGCUCCCUGGAGGUCCUGGGAUCCCACCGCCUCCUCCAGGAAUGGGUGGCCCUCCUCCUCUGCCCCCUGGAUUCGGGGGCUGGGGAGCCCCUGCAGCUCCAGCUCUCCCCUAUGGAUUGGCUCCAAAGAAACAAUAUAAGCCAGAGGUGCAGCUGCGGAGACCUAACUGGUCUAAGAUUGUGGCAGAGGAGCUCUCCCAGGACUGUUUCUGGACCAAGGCGAAAGAAGAUCGAUUUGAGAAUGAUGAACUCUUUGCCAAGCUAACGCUCACUUUCUCUGCCCAGACUAAGUCCUCCAAGGCAAAGCAAGACCAGGAAGGUGGACAGGAGAAGAGUACACAAAAGAAAAAGGUCAAAGAGCUGAAAGUGUUGGAUUCAAAGAGUGCACAGAAUCUCUCAAUUUUCCUGGGCUCCUUCCGUAUGCCUUACGAAGAGAUCAAGAAUGUAAUCCUGGAGGUGAAUGAGGCUGUGCUGACUGAGUCCAUGGUGCAGAACCUGAUUAAGCAGAUGCCAGAGCCAGAGCAGCUGAAGAUGCUGUCAGAGCUGGGAGAUGAGUACAAUGAGCUAGCUGAGUCUGAGCAGUUUGGUGUUGUGAUUAGCUCGGUUUCCCGCCUGCGGCCCCGCCUCAACUCCAUCCUUUUCAAGCUGCAAUUUAAUGAGCAGGUGGAGAACAUCAAGCCUGAGAUUGUCUCCGUAACAGCAGCCUGUGAGGAAGUGCGUAAAAGUAAGAGCUUUUCCAGCCUGCUGGAGAUAACCCUACUGGUGGGCAACUUCAUGAAUGCAGGCUCCAGGAAUGCUGGUGCCUUUGGCUUCAACAUUAGCUUCCUCUGCAAGCUCCGAGACACAAAGUCCACUGAUCAGAAGUUAACAUUGCUGCACUUCCUGGCUGAGUUGUGUGAGCAGCAGUACCCUGAUGUAAUGAAGUUCCCUGAUGAGCUCAUCCAUGUGGAGAAAGCCAGUCGAGUCUCUGCUGAGAAUUUACAGAAGAAUUUGGAUCAGAUGAAGAAACAGAUUUCAGACCUGCAGCGUGAUGUUGAGAAUUUCCCCGCUGCCACAGAUGAGAGAGACAAAUUUGUGGAAAAAAUGACCAUCUUUGUGAAGGAUGCUCAGGAGCAGUAUGAAAAGCUGCGAAUGAUGCACUCAAACAUGGAGAACCUUUUUAAGGAGAUGGGUCAGUACUUCCUGUUUGACCCCAAGAAAAUAUCCAUUGAGGAGUUCUUCAUGGAUCUGCACAACUUCAGGAACAUGUUUCUGCAAGCUGCCAAGGAGAAUCAGAAGCGACGUGAGACAGAGGAGAAGAUGCGCCGAGCUAAACUGGCCAAGGAGAAAGCUGAGAAGGAAAGACUGGAGAAGCAGCAGAAGAGAGAGCAAUUGAUAGAUAUGAAUGCAGAGGGUGAUGAGACAGGGGUGAUGGACAGCUUGAUGGAGGCCCUGCAGUCAGGAGCAGCGUUCCGAAGGAAAAGAGGACCUCGCCAGGCAAAGAGAAAAGCCGGCUGUGCUGUCACCUCACUGCUAGCCUCGGAGCUGAUGAAAGACGAUGCGCUGAGUGCAGUACCAAGCAAGGCAUUAAAGAGCACCGAGGCAGCAACGGAUGGAGGGACCCAUGAUGAUAGCAUGGAGAUGAUCAGCCGUUCAAGCUAGACCUGGGCCCCAGACUAGGGCUGAAGCCUGCAGGACUGAAAGUUUUACAGAGGAAGCAAAAUACACUGGGUCACUUUGCAAUCUUUUUGCAUGGAUCUGAGGGGCAGUCUGAUUUCCUUCUUGCUCUUAGGGCUGCUUGUGCCAGCUUUGGCCUUACGGUUAUUGUUCCGUAUCUCGUCUCCAGGCUUCAGUCUUUCUGCCUCUCAAAUUACAAAGCAAAAAGCUUUACCUGAAUGUAAGCCAUGCUUGGAGCAAGGCGAGAGACACUGGGUCUAGCUCUCCCUUCCCUGCAGGGGGACGGUAGAGUGUUCUGGGAGAAAAGGGGCAUUGAUGGAGCGUUUAGAGACUACUGCCCCACCCAAACAUUUCCCUGCAUUGGGGGUUGCCAAAGCAGGAACAUUACAAGCUGCCUUAACCCAGACUUCUUUAGUUUGUUACUUUGGGGGAUGCUGCUGGGCCAGGCCAGCCAAGGCACCAGUUCCACGGGUGACUUUCCUCCAGUGGGUCUCAAGGUUCCCAGCCCACUCCCUUAUCACCUGUAUGUGGGAGGAAACCUUGUAGGUAAACUUAGCUGGACUUCUACUUCUCCAACUGCUGUGCUGUGUUCUUGGACUGAGCACCUUAUCCUGCGCCCUGUUCUCACCGUGUGCUAGGAGAGAAAGGGGCUCCCUAGACACCUGAGGUGCCCUUGCCUCCCUCAGAACCUGCUGCUUUCCUGCUCUUCACAUGCCCGCCCUUUGCUUGCUCUAUUUAUUGCUAGCAUUCCCUUAGCAGAACCCUUCCUGCCACUCUGGAAAUGAUGUCAUAGCAGUGAUGACCCAACAGGAAGAGGUGAGUGUUUGCUUGGGGGCAAGAAGCUGCUUCUGGUGUAGUAGCUGCCUCUGCAUGCUUUGGAGCCUAGGAAUAAAGGUUGUUGGGUAUCACUAAGUGGCCUGAGGUUGAGACCUCCUCCCACCCAGUGUCACAUGCCUGAGUGAAAGCAUUCAUGGCAGCUCCCCGGCAGCAUCUGCUUAGAAUGAAUCCAGGCUGCACUUCUAUCUGCACAGGACUCUCUCCAUUGUACACGAUUUCCCAAUCUUUUGUGGCAAAUCCCUUGUGUGGCUGCAGCACGAGGGCUGGGGGCUGCAGCGUGGACCCCAACUUCCUCGAGGCUGCUUGCUUCGGCUGUUGUGUUGUGCCAUGCAGAGGAACUCCCGUCCCUCCUUGCCAUGGCAACAGGCAGGUGGAGCCUCCCUUUGGCUAAAAAAUCACUUUGCAAAUGUAUCUAUUUUUGUAUCAGAUUUUGUUUUAAAAGGAAAUUUGAAUGUAAGAUAAAAAUAUCUGAAACAUUUGCA